UUUGAAGAAAAACAAUGUUCUCAUAGAAUUUAGAAUUUAUAAUUCAUGUAAAGUUAGAGUUAAUAUAAUAUUAUUAUAAUAAUUUGCCAUACAAAUGUUUUUUAUAAUUGCUUUAAUUGCUUCCCUACGAACCAAUCACAAUUAAGUUAAUGCUUUCCACGUGAUUUAAACGCUCCAUAAAAAGCGAGCUCUUUUCCAGUCUUUCUAAACAUGUUAGAAAAUGUCAGAACAAUUAAUUAAUUUAUAUACGCAUAGAAUUGCAACAACAGACAAACCAUGUUUUAUAUGUAAUAAAUAUACGAGUUCCGUUUUAAGAACUGAUAAUGGGUUAGAUUGGUUUUAUACUUGCGAGAGUCAUUUAAGUGAUAGAGGAUUUGCUACACCUAUUCCGGAACCGGAACCGGAACCCAAAUUACCUGUUGUUCAAUCAACAAGAGUAAGCAUUUCGCAAAAGGACGAUUCUUCAAAAUCUAAAUCUGAUCCUGAUAUUAAUCAAGAAAAAGAUAAAUCAAAUGAUUCUACAAAAGUAGAAAGUAAACAGCAAGAAGGAAAAGAAGAUAAUAUAAAAGAACAAACGGAGGAUAAACAGCAAGUUGCAACACCUAAAUCACCAGAACAACCACAACCACCUAAAUCAACUAAACCUAAACAAUAUAAAUUACAUAGCAAUAUUUUUUAUUUAAGAGAAGAUAAAUUAAAUAAAAAGCGUCAAAAAGAGGAAGCUCAAAAGAUUUUAAGUAAAUUGCCGAACGUGCCUAAAAAUUCUUUACAAUAAUUUCAAUUUAGAUUAAUUCAUGCGUCUAUUAUAUACUUCGAAUUUAUGUUGUUUCAUUUCAUAAUCUGAAUGAGAUCCAAGAUGUCCU